UGGCCGCUCAUGUGUCCCCAGCUCCAAGAUCUUUGCUAUGGCAUGCCCCCUGGACCAGGCUAUCGGCCUCCUGGUGGUGGUCUUCCACAAGUACUCUAGCAGAGAGGGAGACAAGAGCACCCUGAGCAAGAAGGAGCUGAAGGAGCUGAUCCAGAAGGAGCUGACCGUCGGCGCGAGGCUGCAGGACGCAGAGAUUGCCAAGCUGAUGGACGACCUGGACCAGAACAAGGACCAGGAGGUGAACUUCCAGGAGUACGUCACCUUCCUGGGGGCCUUGGCGAUGAUCUAUAACGAGGCCCUCACUGGCUGAUCAUAAACCCUUUUAGGGCCCCCACUGAGUCCAAUCCAGUGAUGGGGAGUUGUACAAUAAAUAUAUAUCUUUUGGGGGGUCAGAUCUA